UGAAAUUGUUGGGAUGGUCGGCGAUGUCUGUGAGGUACUGUUCGAUGUGCACGGGUAACGUCACGCACGCAGAAGUCAAGCUGGUUUUCCCGUACAAUUAGUACCAACAGUAACGAUGAAUCCGACGACCAGCGCAAAUGUUUACAGCGACAAUAAAAACCAAGAGGACGAAAAAAUUUUGUUACAACCUUUCAACCACUUUAAACAACCAUUUCCUGCGAACCACAUCUUGGAGAAAAUCUGGACAGCGUGUAACUACUGGUUCCAAGUACCCGAAGACAAGUUCAAAGAAAUUUCAACCAUUGGAAACAAAUUAGGAGCUGCUGGCUUAAUAAUGGACGAUUUGGUGGAUAAUUCGGUACUACGUGGAGGCAUUCCGACAUCGCGCUUGGUCUAUGGAAGAUCUAGAACGAUUCAUUCGUCCAUUUAUGCUUUCAUUUCAGCAAUGGAAAAAUUUGAUGACUUCAAGAUGGUCGACAUUUUCAUUGCAACGGGUGUAAAGCUAUGUCAAGGGCAAGCCAUGGAAACGUACUUUGCAAGAAAUGGGAUAUGCCCUACGGAAGAAGAAUAUCAACAAACUGUCUUUAAUAAAACUACUUCAGCUAUUUCGUUUAUAGUUUCUGUGCAGCAGUUGUUCGCUACUCAGUAUAAGAACAGCAAUUUUGACCCAUUUCUGGUUCCGAUGGGACUGUUUUUCCAAAUUUGCAACGACUACGUCAAUCUGGCGUCUCAGAGCUACGCAAAGCUUAAAGUUUUCGGAGACGACAUAACAGAAGGAAUUUUUACUUUUCCGAUCAUACAUGGGAUAAAAACGCAUCCUGAGGACCACCGACUCCUGGACAUCUUGAAGCAAAGAACGUCAGAUAAAAACGUGAAAUUAUACUUUAUUAAGUUGCUGGAAGAGUUUGGAAGCUUGGACUACACCUUGGAAAGCUUGGAAAAAUUGAAGAACGAAUAUAUGGAAGAAAUAACAAAAAUUGCAGCGAACCCGGAAAUGGAGAAGAUUCUGGAUGAUGCCUUAAAUGAUAUAGAAGCUGUAGUGAUGUAACAAUAAACUACAAAUAUAUAAAUAUAAAUAAAAUAAAAAAUAUAGUCGGGGAAUACCCAUCUUCGACUGAUAUAAAUAAA